AUGAAGGCAUUUCAAAUUUCACGAAAUGCACGGACAAUGUCAUCAACACCAUCCCAAGCGCAAUCAUCGAGUAAUAAACCAUCGAAUAGCGAAGAUCAAGCAAUCGGCGGUAACAAUAUAAAACCAAGACGGCAAUCACCUUUCAACAGAUUCUCAUCGCCUCAGUUUAAAACAGCCGUGGAAAAGUCCAGUCGCAUAGUCAAAGCGAUCAAAGGUUUUCAAAAGAUCAAGAAAUCGACAACGCCGAUGACAAUUUUGGGAAGAAAAAGUGGAGAAAACGCAUUCUCACCAAAAGCUCAAGUUUUGGGAGAACAAAAUUACCUUGGAUUUCCGUGUGAACUGCCAAAUGACCUCGUUGAAGAUAUUGACAUGAAAGCAAAAUUUGAUCAAAUCGAUAAAAAAGUGGGCCUUACUAUAACCAAAUCACUGCUCAUUCUUCGAGUGGAAGAAUGUUCAAUAUUCUAUGGAAAGUUGAAAAUAUGCGAUUUCUUAACACAUCUUGAAGAUGAACCAAUUAUCAGUAAAAAAGACUUCUACAAUAAACUGAAAAUAAUGCAAGAUACUGGCAGGGAGUUCAAUUUACGGUUACGGAGGCCAUUAUGGAAUACACCAGCUACUAGAUUACCAAAAGGUUAUGAUCGUGCACCGGGAUAUGAUUAUAUUCGCGGUCUGAUGAUUCUUUAUCCGGGCGCUAAUCUAGGAAUGAAUGUCAAAGCAUAUAAUAACAAAGUAUAUGUAACGAGUACAGAUCAGAUGAGUAUAGCAGCAGCUGCUUGCUUGAUGGGUGAUUGUAUUGUAGACGUCGAUGGUAUACCCAUUACUUCAACUGUAUCAUGCGGUGAACGAGUCAUUUCAGGACUCAAACAUCGUAAAUUUGUGCUGAUGACAAUUGAAAGAGCUGUAGAUGAGAAAGCUAUACGAGUGAUUAAAUUUGUGCUACUUGUUCAAAAAAUCCCUGAAAAGGAUCCCAGGAUGGCACAAGAUACGACUAAGAUUGGUUUGGAUCAAGCAGAAAAAAUUCGGCAAAAUACUCUACCGCCAGUUUUGAAAAGCAUUUAUCGUGGAAAGCAUGGAAAUGGCCAAAAACGUUUGGUAAUCCAUGAGAUGUCGAUGUUCACGCCGAUUGGUGCCGAUUCAUUCAAUCCAUUGCUGAUGCAAGCGGUACCACCGAAGAGAAUGGACGCUAUGCAUGCUAGUAAAAUGAGUAAGUGA